CGAAUAUAAGAACAACAGCAUCAUGGUUGAAUUUUCACAUUAACUAUAGUGCGCUUGUACAACAGCUGACUUUUUCAUAGAUCUAAAUCAGACAGAUUGCAGAAUGCAAAUGCAAAAAGCAAAUAUUUUUAAAAAGAUCUUUGGGAAGAAGAAAAAAACAGCCAGAAAUACAGAUGAGCAGUAUCGUCUGAUUAAAGACAUACCAAAAGACCACACAGAGACUGCAGAUGCAGGAGAACAGAAAAGCACAGUCGAUGAGAUGCCAUCUGGUUCAGGUGUUGAAGUUAGUGGUGAGGCAGGGCUUCACAUUCUCAGAACAAUUCUGAGUAAACAAUCAAACCCUGAGGACACUGACACUGCAGCUGAAUUGCCAAAAAUCAGCAUCACUCAAGAAUGGCAAGAUAAGUACCUUCAGGAAAUAGAUCAGAUUGUGGAGAACCACUUUCCCACACUGCCAGCAGAGAGACCUCAAGGAUCUCAGCUGAAGGAGAUACAGGACUUUCUAAAGAGCACAGAGACUAUGAUAUGCAAUGGUGUGCUUCGAUUAACACCUGCACUGAAAGAUGCUGGGCUGCUAGAUCAUCUGAUGGAUUGCUACAGCCGUCACAUCUUUACCAACCUGGACCUGCUGCUAAACAGAGAUCUGUCUGUAAAAGAGAUCUUCUGCCUUCUACUGUGGGGAAAAGAUGCUUUCUUCAGUUCAGAAUCAAAACUGAGAGUGUACGAUCCUCUGCUGUUGACAAGAGGGUUUGAGAGAGCAAAGCAGAAACUACUGCAAGUACAUAAGGAUGAGAUCUCCAAGCUUCUACAGAACAUCCUGUGCUAUGAUGAGGAACAUGGUCAUAAUGAGAACUCAAUGGAUAAUGAAACUUUCAUCAGUAUUCACUUAGAUGUCAUUAAGGUCCUGAAUUGUACUAUUUUAGAAGCUGAAAAGGUUGGUCUGACUUUGAUGCAUGCCGUACAAAUACUCUGUAGUGAAGAGCUGCAGGAUUUUGUUCAGAAGUAUGUGGAUGCUGAGAAUGAACGUCUUAAAAAACUAACAUUUACAGAGAAAAACUCUGUGAAUCUGUUUCGGAUAAUCAACACGUGCAUGCAACUCAGAUGCUAUGCUGCACAAAUCAGUCCAGAUGUUAGCAACAGUGAUAUCUACUCAAGUACUUUAUGCAUGCUACAGAAACUGGAAGAUAAAUCUUCAUCCAUUGUACAGAAGAUCAUGAGCUGCUCAGCACAGGCCAAUUUAGAAAGUUAUUUCAAGAAAAGGAAUGGACAUAUUUAUAUCCUAAUGGAGGCAAUUAAAACGCAGUGUGCAUCUCUGCCUGAGGCGGCCUCAGAGAUCAAAACGGUCGUUGUGAAAAUAGCUUUUGACAGUGUUUCCAAAGUGUACCUGGAUUGCCUGAUGAAGACAAAGUUCAGAAACCUAGAGCAGUGUUGGGGAAAUGCUGAGGAAAAGAUAAAAGAGGAUGUUCAAUAUUUUCAUGAAACAUUCUCUGAACUGAAUGGCAUUGUUCCCCAGCAAAACCAGCUCCUUCAGAGAAUGAGUGAAGUUUUACAUUGCAGUGAUGUAGAAGCACUAAAGAUUACCUGUUGCAAUUUGUUCAGAGAUUUCCCUCAGGACAGUGAGCAGUAUGUACCUGGUCUGCUGCGCUGGAAGGGGGAUUUAUCGGAGCGACAGGUGAGGGAAGUGCUGGAUGUGACCCGGGAUAUGAUCCAGGAAUUUGGCCUGUGUCCAGUUCCUACAAGUGUCACUCGCUGUCCUCUGAAGGGACUUUUUUGUUGUAAAUAGUAUAAAGUACAA